CGGUUGAGUUCUCAAAACUUAAAGAUGACUUGACUGUGUCUUUAUAAUUCUCCCUAACUCAGUCUCUCUACCAUACAGUGGCAAGAGUUGUACCAUUGUGUCAGCUUAUGCACAAGAAGUGAUCUACUGUCUAGUGUAAAGCCAGGACAAGAAUUUCUGCCGUUAGCUGCUAGAAUCAUACUGGUCAAUAUGGGUGGUGGCAAGAUCAAGCUUCCUAAGAAGGUGAAGAAGGACAAGCAGAAGGACGAGCAGAACGCUUCGGAUAAGAGUGAUGGUAAAAAGCAAUCGACUGACAUGCCUCCAAUUGGUGCACAUGCCGGGGGUGCUAGCAAAUAUUCAUCAAGUGGAGGACAGAGGAAGAACAGCACCCAGAGUGAAACCAGCUUCAGCAACCCAGAAAAACAACGCAAAACAUCCACACACCAGCAAGGAGCUUCUUCACAGGCUGAUCCAAAACAAUCAAAAUGGAAAAAUUUUAAACAAACCAUCAAUCCUCGAAAGCACCAGUCCUCAGUUGACAGCCAACAAGAUGCCCAAGAUGUGUUAGCCGUGACUCAAUCUCAGUCCUCACCCCCACAAUUAGCAGCAUGGUCCUCAUAUGGAAAUACUGAAGCUGGAGCAGCAGAAGUUGCCGAUUCGUGCUUCACCCCAGACAGUGAAGCGAAUGUCCACUCUCCGACUGAACCCUUUGAGAAGCGAAAUGAUGAGCCCCCCUUUCUCAAAUCAUCCUCCAAAUCCCCUGAACUACUAGCGGAUGCACUUGAUGAGACUCCUGUUAAAUCAAAGUACCCGGUAGAACGUUCCAGCUCCACCAUAUCAGAAGAGUAUGAGGAGAAUGGCACUACAGGUGCUAGAUACUCCACUCAGACUAGUGAAACGCAAGAAAGUAGAAUUGCACGAAGGCCGAGAGAAACCGAUACUACUCUAUACAAAGGCAAAUUGCUAACAAUAAAAAAUUGAAAGACCAGCUUAAAGCCCUUCAGGGCGAAUUCUCAUCCAAGAGAAAAGAACUUCAGGCAAAGUUGAACGAACGAGAUGAAAAUCAAAAGCUUUCAAAGAUAAAAUUCGAUGAACUCAGUGAUACAAUGAAAAAAAUGACUGAAGCUUAUCACACUGAAAUGCAAACCAAAGAAGCAUUAUUCAACAAACAGGUGAAAGAUCUUGAAACGAAAGAAAACGAAAGAAAAAAACUUUUAGAUCAUCUGAACUUGAGACUCAAAGAAACUCAUCAGACUGAAAUGGAGACCAAAGAAGCAUCAUUCAAUGAUCGUGUUCAACAAUGGGAGGAGGAGAGAGGGACUUUUGAACUUGAACUGAAGAGAAU